AUCAGAAAUAAACAAACUACAAUGUUGUUUCUUUUGUUGUAGUUUGUAAAUUAGAAGAAGAACCUAGCUGUACUGUGCCAAAUUUUCAGAUUCAUGGCUUAACAAUUAUGAAAUUUGUAUGGAAAAAUGUUCCAAAAGGGUCCGGUUGAUGGUCCUUGACCAGAAGCUAUUCAAAAGAAUAUUUUUCCACUCAGAUAAGUUAUAAUGUAUAUUUUAAUUUUGCUAUAGAUAUAUAAUAACUAUUCUUACAGCAAGAAGUUUUAUAUUUUAGCAGAAGCACUUAAAAUGUGUAGUUGUAUGUAUUAUCUAAGAAAAAAAAAACUCAUGUAAUUUUCAUAAAAUGUUUAAUACAGCCCACAGAACUUGAAGUGACUGAAUGCAGCGGUAAAAGACUGGAAACGUACAAAGUGUAUGGGUCGAUAAUAAAAUACUACACAGACAAAGUGAUUACCAAACUACUAAGAGUUUUGUAUGAUUGGAGAAUAACUGACAUGCAUGCCAUGCUUACAGUUUCUCCAGUAUUUUCGAGAUCUAACAAGUCUAUGUUACAGAAAGCCUUUUCAUACGCUGGAUUUAAUAAAAACUAUUCAUUUGUAAACGAGCAAGAGGCUAUUCUUUCUUAUUGGAAGUACAUGUGGAGUGGCAAGCAGAGUCUUCCAAAUAAUGUUGACCUGAAUAAUGAAAAUGGCUUCCUCCUUGUAAAUUUGAAAGGGUCCACGGCAUUGAUAUCAGCGAAUUCGACAAAAGAUGGGAUUCUACACAGACUUGCAUAUGUCGCAGGUGGUGGUUGGGGUGGUCAAGCUGUACAUGAAGAGCUAAAACAAUUCAUUAUUAAAAUUGUGGGUGCACCUGUGUUUCUCAGGUACAUCGAGCAGGCAGGCGGCUUGUUUGAUUUUGAAAGAUAUGUAGAAUCGGCAUUUAAUUAUUUUGAUAAAAAUAAUGAAAUGAACUUCAGGUUAUCGUUAAAUCAUUUAUGUCAGCAAGAGUACAAUGAAGAUUUUAAAACUGCCGUAAAAGAAUCACCAUUUUCACAUGGAGUAAGUGUUAGAUCUAACACCGGUAUCAUAAGUAUAAAACGUGAUGUCGUAAACAGUUUUUUAAGGACACGUUAGGGGCGAUUGUGUCAAACAUUAGGGACAUCUUGUCUGACGAAAGUACAAAAGGUACAAAA